AUUGACCUAGAUACUAUUGAUGUCAGCAACUUGAAUCGCCAAUUUCUUUUCCGGAAGGAACAUGUGGGCAAAUCUAAGGCAGUGGUUGCAAAAGAGAGUGCACUGAAAUUCAAUCCCAAUGCCAAGAUUACUGCUCAUCACAAUAGUAUUUUCAGCACUGAAUUUGGAUUGGAUUACUUCAAGAAGUUUUCUAUUGUUUUGAAUGCACUUGAUAAUCGAGCUGCCCGAAACCAUGUAAACAGAAUGUGUUUAGCAGCAGAUGUGCCUCUUGUGGAGAGUGGAACUGCAGGUUACUUAGGGCAAGUGACAGUUAUAAAGAAGGAAAUGACGGAAUGUUAUGAGUGCAGGCCAAACCCAAGACAGAAAACAUUUCCAGGAUGUACUAUUCGGAACACACCCUCAGAACCAAUCCAUUGCGUUGUUUGGGCCAAGCAUCUUUUUAAUCAACUGUUUGGUGAAGAUGACCCUGAUGAGGAUGUCUCUCCUGACACUGAAGAUCCAGAACUGGCUGCUGAUGCGGGCCAGACAGCCCUUGAGUCUGAGGCUAAAGAAGACACUGUUGGUGGCAUUGUGCGCAAGUCUACAAGAGCAUGGGCCAUGGAAACAGGAUAUGACGCAGAGAAAAUUUUUAACAAGUUGUUCCGAGAUGAUAUCAAAUAUCUUCUGAGCAUGGAAACACUUUGGAAAAAGCGUCGACCUCCUCAGCCAGAAGACUAUAACAGUCUACCUGGUAAAGGAGAAAAGGUAGACAAGACCGUCAUGCGGGAUCAGCGACUGUGGUCUGUCCAUGAAUGUGCGGAAAUCUUCACACGAUGCCUGGCAUCUCUCAAGGCUGAUCUAGCAGCAAGAGGGGAAGAUGGAGUCUUAGUUUGGGACAAGGAUGAUCAACAUGCUAUGGACUUCGUGGCUUGUGUGGCUAAUAUUCGUGCUCAUGUUUUCGGCAUUCCAAUGAAGUCUCGGUUUGAUAUCAAAUCAAUGGCUGGCAAUAUUAUCCCAGCUAUUGCAACAACCAAUGCAGUUAUAGCUGGGCUCAUCGUCAUGGAAGCCUUGAAAAUUUUGUCAAACAAGAUCUCCAAGUGUAAACAGAUUUACCUCAAUAGAAUUCCGAAUGACAGAAACCGCCUUCUAGUACCAUGUUCCUUGGAUCCUCCCAACCCAAAGUGCUAUGUGUGUUCUUCCAAACCAGAGUGCACUGUUGUUUUGAACGAAACCACCGUCACAGUGCGCACCCUACAGGAUAAAAUACUCAAAGGUCAUCUGAACAUGAUUGCCCCAGAUGUGGAGAUUGAUGAUGGCAAAGGAACCAUCAUCAUAUCCAGUGAAGAGGGAGAGACUGAAGAAAAUAAUGACAAGUUUUUGUCAGAAUUUGCCAUUGGACACAACACAAGGUUGAAGUGCGACGACUUUCUUCAGAACUACUCUUUAAUUGUCAAUGUGGCGCAUGUCGAAAAACUUGAUGAUGAGAAAGAGUUUGAAGUCGUCGGGGAUUUGUCAGAGUUCUGUCCAAAAGAGGAUGGUGAAGGAGCUAGUGACAAUGGCCAUGCAAAUGAGACAGUUUCAAGUACAGCACCUGCAAGUAAAGAUGAGGAUGAUCUCAUAAUGCUCAGUGAUGAUGAAAGAACAGAAAUUACACAAAGCACAGCGACACUGGCAACAGAAGCGCACAGCAGGAAGAGGCCAGCCAGUGAGGAUGAAGACUCGGAGGUUCAGUCCAAGCGCAAGAAGCAAGAUUUGAGCUCUGGUGAUGCUGAAGAUGUUAUUGAAAUCUCUUAAUUUGUUUUUGUUUCUCCCUAUUUCCUUGGACCAGAAAGGCUUAUUUGUUUCUGUUAUUUUGAAUAGUCGUGGGGAGUAUAUCAAAUGUAAGUUGGGCUGUGUAGUUAGUUUGAUUUAAGGAAAAAGUCAUGGAUGUUGUGACAGUUACUAGAUUAAGGAAAUAUGCUGAUGGGAAAUCGGGUCAAAAAUAAAAUUUUAAUCGAGAAUUUUGAUGAGUUUCGAUUGUUCAACCAUUUCUACACUUCGUCAUACGAUCAUUUAUACUGAAGAAAGUUCUCUUCUUGACAUAAAUUGCCCUUGAAAUAUGUAGGCAUAGGUCUUUCCUCAUGUAUUUUGUUGAAAAACAACUCUUAAACUGAACCAAGUAAGGUAAUAAUUGAAACAACAUAUUCCCCGAGGUGUUUUGGUAUCGCUGUUUAGCUCAUUUCCCGCUUUUUGCGUUUCCGGAAUCGAUACCACGCUUGAAAGAUACAAGCGUGGGAACAAAAUAAUUUGAGAAAUUUUGAGUGAAAUAUGACUUUUUGGGGUCGUUUUUUGUGAUUUUCUCAUUUAGCAAAUAUUUUUAAAAACAAAUUGGUAUUACUCCAUUAUUUGUGGACCAAAUUGGAUGAAACUUUGUACACAGGUCUUUUAUGAUGUUAUGGCCAUUCAUACAACAGGAAAA